CAUCAUCACCUUCUUACAACAACAAGCAUUAACAAAUCUCAGGCGGCUCAACCCUAAAACUCCCCUCCCAAAACUACAUUUUCCAACGAUGGCCUCAAAGGCACUCUCUUCCUUCACCGCUAAGCCCGCUCUGUCUCCCAAGCCACUACUCCCUCACGGCGCUGCUUCUCCGUCUGUUUCUCUCGGCUUCUCCAGGAAAACUGGAGGCGGCAGAGCAGUUGUCGUUGCGGCGGCUACCGUGGACACAAACAACAUGCCGAUGACCGGAGUCGUGUUCCAGCCUUUCGAGGAGGUGAAGAAAGCCGAUCUGGCCAUUCCAAUCACAGCUCAUACAUCCCUCGCUCGCCAGAGGUAUGCCGACACUAGCGAGGCAGUCAUUAAUGAGCAAAUCAAUGUGGAAUACAACGUCUCCUAUGUGUACCAUUCAAUGUACGCAUACUUUGACAGAGACAACGUUGCUCUUAAGGGACUAGCCAAAUUUUUCAAGGAAUCAAGUGAGGAAGAGAGAGGGCAUGCUGAGAAGUUUAUGGAGUACCAGAACCAAAGAGGAGGAAGAGUGAAACUCCACCCGAUCGUCUCACCUGUCUCAGAAUUCGAACAUGCUGAAAAAGGAGAUGCAUUAUAUGCAAUGGAGUUGGCUCUGUCUCUAGAGAAACUUACUAAUGAGAAGCUACUAAACGUACACAGAGUGGCCUCAGAGAACAAUGAUCCCCAGUUAGCUGAUUUCGUUGAGACUGAAUUUCUGGGAGAGCAGAUUGAAGCAAUCAAGAAGAUCUCAGACUACAUCACCCAGCUAAGGAUGGUUGGCAAAGGCCACGGAGUUUGGCAUUUCGACCAGAUGCUUCUGGACUAGACUGGACCUCUAUAAGUUCACUUUCAGAUGUCGACCAAUGUUGGGGUUCAAACAGAAGAACCCGAAGAUUCUGUAAAAGCUUUAGGUUGGAAGUUAUGGACUAAUAAGAUUGUAGUAGUAAGCUUUGUGUUCAAGAUGGUUUUUGUAAUAACUUCUUAAUCUUAAUCAAUGAAGUUUUUGUUU